UUUCUUAUUUCUGCCAAUAUUCACAAUGGAGAGCACACUGCAUAUUCCCAAUGUGUCGGUGUCAACGUUUAUUCUGGAGAAAUGCAAGACGUUCGGUAACAAAACUGCUUUGGUCGACUCAGAAACUGACCGGAAGUUGUCGUUCAACGAAUGCAUUUCUCUGGUUCGCAGGAUAGCCAAUGGUCUGUUGAAGGAAGGAUUUCAAAAGGGGGAUACCCUCUUCAUGUUCACGAAAACAUGCCUGGAAUACCCGUGUUGCAUACUAGCCACAGCAGCGAUUGGAGGCACUCUGCAGGCGGCGAGUCCGAAUUACACAUCAUAUGAGAUGAAGCAUGCCUUCGCGACCUGUCGACCUAGCUACGUGAUGACGUCACCAGACCUUGUGGAGAUGGUCAGAGAAGUCAACAGUGAAGAUGUGAAGAAAAUUAUCACCUUUGGCGAGGUUGAGGGAUGUUUGAGUUUUGAUGACCUGAUAUUGAGUUGUCCUGACAACCAGCCAAUUCCAGACUGUGACCUUGACCCCGCACGUGCCACGGCAGCUCAGCUGUUUUCCAGCGGGACCACGGGUCUUCCCAAAAGUGUCCAGAUUUCUCACAGAAAUAUUGUCGCCAACAUCGUACAGUCACUCCCGCUGUUGACAAUCAAAGAAGGCGACAUCUUCCUCUGCUUCCUUCCUUUCUUUCACAUCUACGCCAUAGUGGUGCUGCUGUCGUCGUUGUUCGCUGGCUCCACCGUCGUCGUCAUGAAGCGGUUCCACCCUACAGAGUUCCUGGAGAACAUCCCCAAAUAUCAGGUGACCCACCUAUCCCUUGUACCCCCCGUCAUGCUUUGGCUAACUAAGCAUCCUAGCUUAUCGUACGACAAACUGAAAUCCGUCAAGGGUAUUACCUGCGGGGCUGCGCCGCUCAGCAAAGAGGUGGAAGACCAAGUGAGGGAAAUAUUCCACCUGGACUACAUUUGUCAAGGUUAUGGGAUGACCGAAUGCUUAAUAACGCAUAUAGCCAGUGCAGAAUAUCAUAAAUAUGGAUCAGUGGGAAAAACCGUACCAAUGACAGAAUGCAAGAUUAUAAAGCCAGAAUCCGACGAAAUCCUAAAGAACAACGACAAAGGAGAGGUUUGUGUGAGAGGGCCCCAGGUGAUGUUGGGCUACUUGUCUAACCCUGUAGCUACGUCAUCGACGAUCGACGCUGAUGGUUGGUUGCACACAGGUGAUAUCGGUUAUAUCGACGAUGAAGGUUUUCUGUUUAUCGUCGACAGGAUCAAGGAACUCAUCAAAUAUAAAGCUUUUCAGGUGGCGCCAGCUGAACUAGAGGAGGUCCUCCUGCAACAUCCGGGUGUGGCUGACGUCGGCGUAAUAGGAAUCUACAACAACGAGGCUGGCGAGUUGCCAAAAGCUUUCGUGGUAAAGGUCAGGGACGCAGAGGUUACGGAAAACGAACUAAAGUCGUUUGUGAUUGACCGAUUGUCCAAUUACAAACAGUUAAGAGGAGGGGUGGAAUUUGUCACUGAAAUUCCAAAAAGUCCAAGCGGCAAAAUUCUUCGUCGUCUGCUGAGAGAAAGAGAAAAAUAAAAACAACGCCCCACUGAUUAUUCUGUGAGAACUGGGAAAGAACAUGAUUCAUAGAAAAUUCUGUCCUGUUUUAUCGCCAUCUUUUAUUGAAGAUAUUCAUGUCAUAACUCAUAUUGUUAGCUCUUUCACCUGAAUAUUUCCUCAUGUGUUUAGUUCCGCUAUAUGACGGUCGUCAGUGGAGCUUUUCUGACACCAAUGUGUCUGACGUCCGUCCGUCUGCACGUCCGUCUGCCAGGGUGUCAAAUUGUAUUUUGAAGUCUAUCUUCUACAGUUUUGACUGAAUUGUUCUAAAACGUGGUACAGUGAUCCUCUAGGGAACCUCCACAAAGUAAUAUUUCCAAAAUCUUGAAUUUUUGUUAAAAUGUUUUUAAAAUUUAAAUUGAAAAUUGAAAAUCUAUCUUCUCGUAGAGUUUUUUAAUGGGAUAGUUCUGAAAUUUAGUACCAUGAUUAUCUGGGGCAGUCUUCACAAACUAAUAGAUAGAUAUUGUGAAUUUAUAAUUUUUUAUUUAUUAAAUUAAACAUUUUAAAACAAAUUUAACAUUUAAAAAGUUAAAAGGACACCUAGAGUUUAAAUCGGAUAGUUCUGAAACUUGGUACAAGGGUUCUCUGAGGCAGUCGUCACAAAGUAAUACUAGAGAGAUAUUUUGGAAUGUUUUAUUUUCAAACUUAGUGUAAACAUUCUUUACAGUACUCUAUUUACUAACACAUUUCUAAAUUCAUGAAUUUUCCUUAAAUUAAGAAAAACCCAACUUUAAAAUUUAAACCUAACAAUAAACAAUGAAGUCUGUCUCCUGAUGUUUUUUUAAUUAUUAUUCUGUACUUCUGAAGUGUAGAACAUCCAUUCUGUGGGGCAGCUUCCACCAUCUAAUAACUUUCUUUAAAAAAACAAUUAAAUAUGAAGUGAAUAAAAAAUUGACAAUUUCUCAAAAUAUAUCUCAUACAAUUUUAAUUCGAUACGUGACACGGAUAUUCUGAGUUGGUGUUUACAGUGAAUUAUCUAUUACCGAUGAUAUCAAAUAGCAGAGCUGUUUAGGCCAAUAAGCCUCUUGUUUUAUGUUAUAAUUUAUAAUGUCAGGUUUUGCACAAACUUAAAGACUCGAGACUUUUAUAAUAAUUAAUAUUGUUAGCUUUUUAAUGUAGAUAUUGACUCAAAAGUUUUAUAUUAUAAUUAAUAUUGUUAGCUUUUUAAUGUAAAUACUGACUCAAGACUUUUAUGAUGUAAUUAAUAUUGUCAGUAUUUUCACAUAAAUACUGACUGAUUUUUAUGAUAUAAUAUAAAUACUGACUUUUAUGAUAUAAUAUAAAUAUUAACCUGAUACUUUUAUGAUAUCAUUAAUAUUGUCAGCUUAUUCAUGUAAAUAUCGACUCAGGACUAAUAUGUUAUAACUAAUAUUUUCAGGUUUUUUCAUAUGAAUAUUUACUCAGGAUUUUUAUGUCAUAAUUUAUAUUUUUAGCUUUUUUUUUUUUUUUUUUACAUAAAAUUCCUUUUAUUUAACACUUUUAUGUUUUAAGCAAGCUCGUAGGAACCAGAUGAGGAUAGACGAACCUUUUCCACACUCCAGGACAAACAUAUUUGUUUUUCGUCUUACUCUACAUAAACAUAAACAAUCGUGUUUGUGCCCCACCCCCACCCCCACUGGAGACUCCACCGGGGACACCACCCCUACUCCAGACAUCGUUCCUACGGGCCUGAUAAUUAAUAUUUUUAGCUUUUUCAUGUGAAUACGUGUUCUUAAGGGCUAACAUAUAAUAUUUGUAUAUUAUGUAUUCUGUAUUUGAUAUAUUUAUGUUCGACUCAUGUUAUGUCUAUUUAGAAGCUGUUUUAUGACACAAAUUAUAAUAUUUUUAGCAAAAAACAACAACCAACAAAACAAAAAAAACAGCAAAAAAAAAGAAAAGAAAGAAAAACAAAAACAAAAACAAAAAACACGUUUCACGUUAUGUAAGUGAAAUAAAAGACAUUAUUUACUGUACACAAAAGAAAAGGCACGAAAGUGUUUGGAAUGUAUUUUAUAUAUGAUAAUAUACUGAAAGCCAUUGAAAACGCAACACCUGUUUUUCAGUUGUUAUUACACGUGUGAGGCUGCUACACAUCACACAAUAACUCUAACCCUUGUACAAAAUGUUUUGGAUUAUUUAUUGCCUACCAGAAUACAUACAGUUAUACAAAACCAGUUCGCUGUAUUACCUUUUUUCUUUUCAUAUCGUAUGUGCGGUCUGUCUAGGAUCGAUCCCCGUCGGUGGGCCCAUUGGGCUAUUUCUCGAUCCAGCCAGUACACCACGACGGGUAUAUCAAAGGCCGUGGUAUGUA